GAAAGAGCCGUAUAUAUUUUGCAAUAGUUUAAAAUAUUUUGAUCCAUUUGCGGGAACGCAUCCCGCUAGUUGGUCCAGUUGCUCGAAACAGCCAAGAUGGUCCUGGUACUCUUGCUGGCGUUAUCUGUGGCAUUGGUGUCUGCUAAUGCAUUACCAAAUUUACCAACCCGAAACACAAUCUUUGUGGAUGAGCAACUUCCAGAUGGGCCUUUUGAACAUAUGAACAAAUUUGCUGAUGUUGCCGUAUUCAACGAUGCCGGCAACCCGUACCGACUACCCACUGAUACUGUGCCUAGUCACUACAAUAUUCGAUGGGCAAUCCAUAUUACUAACUUCACUUAUACAGGCGAGGUCGAAAUCUUUCUAAGGGCUACAAGACCAGAAGUUCAUGAAGUAGUUAUACAUUCCAGCCACACCGAACUUAGAACAAUAAGUCUCACUAAAAGCGAUGAAGUCAUCCCGGCAACUAGCUUUUUGGAUGCAGAGUAUGACUUCGUGCGAAUUCGGCCUAAUACGAAUUUGGAGUAUAAUGCAAGUCUCCCACUUUCCGAUCAAACGGAAUACAAGCUAACCAUUAAUUUCGAGGGUACAAUGCGUACUGAUAUGUUUGGUAUAUACCAUAGUUGGUUCAAGAAUCCUCCAGACAACACAACACAUUGGAUGGCUUCAACGCACUUUCAGGCCACAGCAGCUCGUUUUGCUUUUCCCUGCUACGAUGAACCUAAAUUUAAGGCUACGUUUAAUAUCACAAUACGCCGUCCUUCAACACACAAAAGUUGGACAUGUACUAAACUAGAUCAGAGUGUUCCCUAUGAUCAAAUAGGCUAUGAUUACGUGGAUGAUAUAUAUCACAAAACACCGAUAAUGCCAACUUACUUGUUAGCCCUUGUAGUUGCGGAUUAUAGUACCCAUCCUAGUAACAAUGAACUCUACGAAGUUAUUGCCAGAUCAGGAGCAAUUGAUGACGGACAAGGGCUGUAUGCUUAUGAAGUAGGACAAGAGCUUCUUCACACAAUGAGUGAUAUAACUGAUAUUGAUUUCUACAGCGUCAAUCCAAACAUCAAAAUGACACAAGCCGCUAUUCCGAACUUCUCAGCAGGUGCUAUGGAAAACUGGGGUUUGCUGGUUUAUAGGGAAGCUUACCUGAUGUACCACGAGGAACAUACGAACAAAAAUCUUAAACAAUUAAUUGCAUACAUUUUGUCUCAUGAAAUUGCCCACAUGUGGUUUGGAAAUCUUGUUACUACAGAUUGGUGGGAUUCGUUCUGGCUCAAUGAAGGUUUUGCACGAUAUUAUCAAUACUUCCUUACAAACGAGGUUGAAACCGAUAUGGGGUUCGAAACUCGUUUUAUUGUAGAACAAGUACAUACUUCUCUUCUCAGUGAUUCUGCGAACAAUCCUCAUCCUCUUACUAACCCCGGUAUUGGCAGCCCACGGGCUGUUAGAGAAAUGUUCUCCACUCUUACUUAUAACAAGGGUGCUUCUGUUAUAAGAAUGACUGAGCAUUUACUUGGCAGUGAUGUUCACAAGACUGGUCUUCAAUAUUACUUAAAAGCCAACGCCUUUGGAACUUCACUUCCCAUUGAUCUUUUCAAUGCACUGCAAGAGGCUGGAGACGAAAAUAAUGCUUUCGCCUUGUAUGGUUCAGAUUUCUCGCUGGCAGAGUAUUACAGAUCAUGGACGGAACAACCAGGGCACCCUGUACUAAACGUGCAAGUUGAUCAUUCGACCGGUGUCAUGACCAUCACCCAGCGUCGCUUCAAUAUCAACAAUGGAUUUUCGUCAACGAUCAACAGCAACUACAUCAUUCCUGUUACUUUUGCUACGCCUACAGUAAACUCCGACUUUAAUGAUACUAAACCUACGCACAUCCUCAGUGACACUGUUACUGUUAUCAACCGUGGAUCCAUUGGUGACGAGUGGGUCAUAUUUAAUAAGCAACAAAUAGGUUUCUACAGAGUGAACUAUGACCCAUAUACUUGGAAUCUCAUUGCUAUUGCUCUUAGUGGAUCUGAUAGAACACUUAUUCAUGAAUAUAACAUGGCACAGAUUGUAGAUGAUGUAUUUCAAUUUGCUCGAUCUGGUCUCAUGACCUACACAAGAGCUUUCAGCAUUUUAUCGUUCCUGAAGAGUGAGACAUCCUACGCCCCGUGGGUGGCCGCUGUAGCUGGUUUUAACUGGCUAAGGAACAGAUUCGUUGGUACUAAUCUAGAGGCUCCUCUCAAUACAAUGAUCGCUGAUUGGGCUACUGAAGUAAUGAGUACCAUUGGUUAUACCGAGGGCGAAAACGAAACUUUUAUGACGAGUUAUCUUCGGUACCAACUGGCACCACUUAUGUGUAAUAUUGGCGUUGAUGCUUGUCUUCAAGAGGCAAAAAAUGCGCUGGACAACUUGCUUAUAAAUGAAAUCGAAGUUCCAGUUGAUAGUCGCGUCUGGGUGUACUGCAAUGGCCUUCGCCAAGGUUCAGUCGAGGAUUAUACCCGUUUGUGGAAUAGAUUUGAGUCGCACAACGUCUACAGCGAGAAGUUUGUGCUUCUGCAGACCCUCGGUUGCACACCCCAUGUUGAGUCAAUUAAUAGUUUCUUGGAUGCCAUCGUUCAACCGAAUGAACUGAUUCGUCGGCAAGACUAUAACUCUGCUUGGAGCUCUGCUGUAUCCGGCAACGAAGGAAACACUCUUAUCGUCUUCGAAUACAUCAGGGAGAAUUUGCAAGCAGUUAUUGAUGCGUUUGGUGGAGCAAAUGGACCAUUGUCAUUCGUGUAUUCUAGACUGAGAACCGAGGCUGAUGUCAACACUUUCCUAUCAUGGGCGGCUGAUAAUGAAGCGAUUUUGGGUGACGAUUACAAUACUGUGGUUAAUGGUGCGGGUUCUGUGCUCACGAGCUUCGAGUGGGCAGCGACCAACGCUGAUGACUUGCUGAACUACAUUCAAGGCCCUGAGAUUGUUUUUGAGACAACUUCAUCAACAACCACAGAGGCUCCAACCAUCGACACUUCUGAUAGGCCGACCCUAGUCGAACCCGAAGCACCGGAAUUACCUGACUCUGCGUCCACCACUUUCCUUUCCACCGUUUUCGUUUUCAUGACCUUAGUUAUCACAUUGUUACAUAGUGUGUAAAUCCUAUUUUUGAACUCAUUUUCCAGUUAUUUGUAAUAUACACCAUCGUUAUUAUGAGUUUGUGCAGGUAUUGCUACCCUAAUGCCUCCUUUACCAUGUAAUAUAAAAAUAUAAAAUUGUUAUCUUUUAGACCUGUAUUGAAAAGUUAUUUAGUUAAUAAAAAUCUUUUUAACAAUC